AGCAUUCCAUACUACUCACGCGGACGUCGCUUCGCAGGUGCAAUCUUCUUGUUCUUGCAUUAUUAGCACAACAACUAGCGAGAAGACACAAUUUUUAAAGUUUUUUGCUCGUUUAUUAAUCAUCAUGAGUUUCCUAGGAUAUGAGGAGAAAGUUCGCCAUGACAAAGUGAUAAUAUUCCUUGGACACGAUUCAAUGAUGCCGCUGAAGAUGGUUAUGGGAAGCACGAGUCAAACCAAGUACGGGGCCCUGCGUCACUCUGAAAUCAUCGGGAAACGUUACGGGUCGAAACUGUCGACGGUCGGUGGGAAAGGAUGGGUGUACGUGCUUCAUCCUACUCCAGAGUUGUGGACCGUCAAUCUUCCUCAUAGGACUCAAGUGUUGUAUUUCCCAGACAUCAGUUUAUUGACAAUUGAAUUAGAAUUGAAACCAGGCAGUAUUGUGGUCGAAGCAGGAACUGGCAGUGGAUCUGUCUCUCAUGCACUGACCAGAACUAUAGCUCCUGAUGGUCAUCUAUACACCUUUGAGUUUCAUGAGAAGAGGGCACAGUUAGCUGCAGAUGAGUUUAAAGAGCAUGGACUGUCUCACAUUGUCACUGCAACACACAGGGAUGUUAGUCAGGAUGGAUUCCAGUUGGAGAAUGAUUAUGUGGCUGAUGCUGUAUUCCUUGAUCUUCCAUCCCCGUGGAAUGUCGUUCCUCAUGCCAAGAAGGUCCUGAAAUCAUCAGGUGGUAGGCUAUGUUCCUUUUCACCGUGCAUUGAGCAAGUGCAACGAGUGUGCCUUGAACUAGACCAACUUGGGUUCUCUGAUAUCAAGACUGUCGAGUGUCUAAUGCGCACGCAUGAAGUGAGGACAGUCAACCUUACCCUUCCUAACUUAGGACAGCCUUGUCUUACACCAAACAUCACAGACCACAAAGCGGAUGAGGACACUUUUGAAAUGACAGAUGGUGGAGCACGUCUAGUUGACCUCGGAGCGAAUUAUUCAUUUGAAGAGCCAGGAUCACAGAGCUCCACAGGAGAUUGUUCAUAUCCAAAGAAAUGUGCAUUAGCUCCAAGAGAGACACCAGGACAUACUGGCUAUCUUACAUUUGCAUCACUCUACUCCUACCAUGAAUGAGAGAGCAGGAAUCUUGAAGAUGAUAUGAUUCAUGUUAUUUUUUUUCUCUUACCGGUACUUGUUAUGAAGAGGACAUUGGCUUGGUCUUUGAAAAAAUGAUGGUCAGGGCUUGACACUUACAAUCGCCUGGAAGACAGGUUCUUAAAUUCAGACUCUGAACCUCCAAAAAUUGCAGAAGUUUACUGUGGAGUCAGUAUGGGCUCAUUCAUUACAGACCCCCUACAUGAAGAGUAGUGUUGAGCCUUGCUAAGCAUAUUUGCUAAGCCACACUUCCUCAACUGUAAAACUCAAAGAAAUAUGACAACUGAUUGAGGUUACUAAUACCAACAUCAAGGAAUCGCAACUAUUUGAAAAAGAAUUGGCUCAAGAGUAUUUCAAUACCUUAUUGUAUGUCCUAUAGAAUCAUGUUUGGAAAAAAUAAUAAAUAAGUCAUUGUCAUGUUCGCAACUUUCGAUAGGUGAUGUACUAGGCUAUUGAAUUUUGUUAUGUUGAGUUUUCAAAAGAAGUUGCUAUCGUGUUAAGGCCAUAUGUAACUAGACUAGAGACAUUCUCAGGCCAUGAAUACAUGAAUACUUGAAUUCUACAUUUUUUUUUUAAUUCAUUGAUUUAUCUGUCAUUGUAACAGAGAUACUUCUUCCAUUGGUUUAUGAAUGACAAAGGACAUUUCACAGCUUGAACUAAAUUAUAAAUAAUAAUGAGGUGUACCAGUAUACAUUACAAUCAUAAAAUGUGAAGUUAUAUCAGAACAAAUGCAAAUGAUAAUUGAAAAAUGAUAAGAAAAGGAAAUUCCAAAUUAUCCUGAUGCUCUUCAAUGAUAUGGGAAUUUAAAAAAAGUAUAUUUUUUAUUCAUUUUUUAAAUCUAUUUUCAUUACUAUGUUUAAUUCAUAUCAGAUACCACCCCUCCCCCCCCCCCCCCCCUCUCCUGCACUCUUAUCACCCUAGCACAGAACUGUUAUAUUCGUUGUCAGUUUCAGGGGCAAGCCACUUUGGAAAGGCAGGGGGAAGCAAGUGUCUUGUGGUCUGGGAGUAAUUGCAAGCUGCUUUUUCACCUCAAGUGCAAAACUUUACCCAAGUUAUAGCAGAAAUACCAGAAAAUAUAAAUUAAAAGGGUUCCAACAAAAUCAUGCAUAGUGAUCAAAUAUUUAGAGAGAGGUCAAUUUUUUUGAAGGUAUCUAAACAAAGUGAUAUACCACUGUCACACAAAAGCAUUGGAGAGAAGCAUAUAUGUUUUUUCUGAUGGAAUGUGAAGUGACUAGAUCAUCUAGAUGAGAUAUUUUCUUUAAAGUUGCACAUAUUCAUUAUAAGUUUUACCUCUUCUUUAAUCUGUAUUUGACAUUUGGUGGGCAAAUUAGAACAAUUUAAAUUGUAAUAUAAAGUACACUUAAUUAAUAGACAAGAGUGCAUCAAAUACUUGUAUUCCCAAGAGUUCCCCUUUUUUUACCUGUUGAUGUAUCUAUGUGUGUUUUAACAUGCUUAUCAUUAAGUUUGUCAAUAAUAAAUACGAUAGAGAUUAACAGAA